GCUGCUGUGCUGCUGCGUCCCCAGCUCUUCUCGCCGUGAGAAGAGGGUGGGUUACGCCCUCCAGACGCCGACCCCGAGAGCCCCGGCCUGCGACCUCGCCGCGCCGGCUUCUGUCCACGUGCACUGAUGCCUGAGGUGGCCCUCGCUGCUCUCCUGCGUCGGUCUCGCACCCGGUACCUGCGGCUUCCCGUUUACCCAGUCCAGCCGUCCACGCGCCGUUCAGCCUUGUCUCACCCGGGCUCUGCGGCGGCGUUUGUUUUGUUUUGUUUCUAAGGAAGGUUUGCGUUUUGUAGAAGGUGUAAAAGCCCAAAGAGUGCAGAGCACCGAAGUGGGGAAGGUCCCUGGGAGCCCAGGGCCCCAGGAACAACGGGGGUUAUCAGGUUGCGUUCUGGAGGCCAGCCCUCUAGCGCUCUCUGGGCGUUCUUCCUGCACUGUGCUCUGUGCUGCCCAGGACCCUGCCUCCUACACUGGGCCAUGCGUGGGGAGCGUUUUCCUGUGCAGAUGCUCCUCACAGCUCUGCAUGCGUCCUCAUGCUGUGAGUUCCUCACCAUGCAGCACCCCCGGCCCCGCGUGGGGACACUGAGCUGUUGAACAUCUCUGCUCCACGUGCGGGAUAGAUCCCUCCCUCAGCAGCCUCUCAUAGCUUUUGGCACGGGUUCCCCUCUGGCUGCUGUGACCCAACACUCCCCUGCCUUUGGCGCCCCUCCAGGGGCGUCCUCGGAUCAUGCUUUCCCAAGUGCUCCUUCACAGUUUGGCUUUCUCACCACUCACUCUCUUCCAGCAGUUCUUUCUGCUGCUUCUCUUACCCCAGUCUGCACCUGGGUGUGCUCCCAAGGCCAUAGCACGGUCAAAGCAGAAUUCCUUCUCUUUUGUCUUCCUCUGCCAGCUUCUGCCUCCUGGCUCGCUGGUCAUGUGGGCCAGGUGCAGAGAGGCCUGGAUCACUCCUGCCCCACAGGCUUUGCACGGCCGCCCCUCCCAUCUCCUGGCUGUCCCUCUCCACCCUGCUCAGAAGUUAUUUUAAGGAGGACUUCCCCUGGUGUGGAUCUGGACAUUUCUGUGUCCCCUCCCCUGCCUUAAUCUUCUCCAGGGCCUAAACUCUACCUGAUGGACUCAGUGUGUGUCUUAUCUACAUGGUCAUUGUUUCCUUUCCCUGAAACACAAACUCCGCAGACGUGAAGUCAUCUUUGUUUUCUUCUGAGUCCUGCCUCUUUGUGCGUGCUCUAGACUCUGUUCCCCACAUCUGCGGCCCUGUUUGGGCCACUCUCCUUGCUCCCUGGGGUGGUUGUGAUUCCGGUUGGGAGUAGAGGCCAGUGCCUAAGAACUGAGCUCUGGAGUCCAGAAAACCAUUCCUGGCCCCAUGCUUAGGGUCCGUGUGUCCAUGGGGUGAUCCCAUGACUUCUGUGCCUUCACAUCCUCUGUAAAGAGGGGCAGCCCUCCCCUUAACCCCAUCACAAAUGUCUGGAGGGUCUCUGCGCUAGGCACAGCUCUAGGGCUAAAGGUGCAGCAGGGAGCAGACGGCUGAGACCCUGAUGUUGUCCUGCUGGGGCAGGAGCAGGCUUAUGAGAAAUCUCCAGGCCUUUGGCUAGGCGGCCUGAAGCCUGCAGACGAAGCUCUUGGCUGGGAUCACCUACUGUUGUCACGGGUCACUGAGGCUUCUCAAGGACCAGUCUGGGUCCUGCUCUGGGCCACCUUGAUGUGUGUGGCGCUAACAGAAGGCGCUGGCUCUGGCUGGCAGACGGAAGGUUGUAGGAUCAAGAUGGAAAGCGGGUCGUUUGCUAUCAUCAGGCCCUGCAAGGCUGCGUGCCUUUCUUCUUGGGAUUCCAGACCCCAGAGGAGGUGACAAAUGGCUACUGGAGGUGGCUGGAAUGUGGCCUGCUGGGGCUGGAGCAGAUGGGUAGGGCUUAAAGUCAGGAACGUGGAUAGGACUCGGGUUAAGUUCUGGGCUCUGGGUGCCCUGCGGGGGUGUGGUGGAGAGCCAUCUGCAUUGUGGCCGCCGUAACUGUCAUUGCUGGACAGCUCGGGCCAGGUCUCCCCAUGGCUAGGCUAAAGCCACACAGGUGUCCCUCUGCAGGGACACCACCUGGAGGUGCUUGAUGCCUUCUGGGAGUAGGUCCUGGGGGAGAGGGCUCCAUAGCCCCAUAGCCCAGGUGUGCCCCCAGUUGAGUUUUCAAGAGGGGCAGUGAUGCCCUGUGGGGCGCCGGCUUAGCCCUGUUAAGUGCCAGGACCACAGUCCAGCAGCACCGGCUACACAGCCCCGGCCUUUGAAGGUUCCUGUCAGCCACAGCAGGGGCCGGCCAGGAUGUGGGCCGGAGCUGCAUCCUGGUCUCCAUCGCAGGCAAGAACGUCAUGCUGGACUGCGGAAUGCACAUGGGCUUCAAUGACGACAGGCGCUUCCCUGACUUCUCCUACAUCACCCGCAGUGGCCGGCUGACCGACUUCCUGGACUGUGUGAUCAUCAGCCAUUUCCACCUGGACCACUGUGGGGCACUCCCCUACUUCAGUGAGAUGGUGGGCUAUGAUGGGCCCAUCUACAUGACCCACCCCACCCAGGCCAUCUGCCCCAUCCUGCUGGAGGACUACCGCAAGAUUGCUGUGGACAAGAAGGGCGAGGCCAACUUCUUCACCUCCCAGAUGAUCAAAGACUGUAUGAAGAAGGUGGUAGCUGUCCACCUCCACCAGACGGUCCAGGUGGACGACGAACUUGAAAUCAAGGCCUACUAUGCAGGCCACGUGCUGGGGGCAGCCAUGUUCCAGAUCAAAGUAGGCUCAGAGUCUGUGGUCUACACGGGUGAUUAUAAUAUGACCCCGGACCGGCAUUUGGGAGCUGCCUGGAUUGACAGGUGCCGCCCCAACCUGCUCAUCACAGAAUCGACCUACGCCACGACCAUCCGGGACUCCAAGCGCUGCCGUGAGCGAGACUUCCUGAAGAAAGUCCACGAAGCCGUGGAACGUGGCGGGAAGGUGCUGAUCCCUGUGUUUGCCCUGGGCCGUGCUCAGGAGCUGUGCAUCCUGCUGGAGACCUUCUGGGAGCGCAUGAACCUAAAGGCCCCCAUUUACUUCUCCACGGGCUUGACGGAGAAAGCCAACCACUACUACAAGCUCUUCAUAACCUGGACCAACCAGAAGAUCCGUAAGACCUUUGUCCAGAGGAACAUGUUUGAAUUUAAGCACAUCAAAGCCUUCGACCGAGCAUUUGCUGACAACCCGGGUCCGAUGGUGGUGUUCGCCACACCAGGCAUGCUGCAUGCUGGCCAGUCGCUGCAGAUCUUCCGGAAAUGGGCAGGGAAUGAGAAGAACAUGGUCAUCAUGCCUGGCUACUGUGUGCAGGGCACCGUGGGCCAUAAGAUCCUCAGCGGGCAGCGCAAGCUGGAGAUGGAGGGGCGGCAGGUGCUGGAGGUCAAGAUGCAGGUGGAGUACAUGUCCUUCAGCGCCCACGCGGAUGCCAAGGGCAUCAUGCAGCUGGUGGGCCAGGUGGAGCCCGAGGGCGUGCUGCUGGUGCACGGGGAGGCCAAGAAGAUGGAGUUCCUGAAGCAGAAGAUCGAGCAGGAACUCCGGGUCAGCUGCUACAUGCCAGCCAACGGUGAGACGGUGACGCUGCCCACGAGCCCCAGCAUCCCCGUGGGCAUCUCGCUGGGGCUGCUGAAGCGGGAGAUGGCGCAGGGGCUGCUUCCUGAUGCCAAAAAACCCCGGCUCCUGCAUGGCACCCUGAUCAUGAAGGACAGCAACUUCCGGCUCGUGUCCUCAGAGCAGGCCCUCAAGGAGCUGGGCCUGGCUGAGCACCAGCUGCGCUUCACCUGCCGCGUGCACCUGCACGACCCUCGGAAGGAGCAGGAGACAGCCCUGCGGGUCUACAGCCACCUGAAGAGGUGGGCACCCCGUUCCUUCUGGCUCGGGUUGGGAAGAAGUGGGGCACGAGGUGGGUCUCACUGUGCCUCCCGGCAGCGUCCUCAAGGACCACUGCGUGCAGCACCUUCCCGAUGGGUCCGUGACUGUGGAGUCCAUCCUCAUCCAGGCUGCUGCCCACUCAGAGGACCCAGGCACCAAGGUGCUGCUGGUGUCCUGGACCUACCAGGAUGAAGAGCUGGGCAGUUACCUCACAUCGCUGCUCAAGAAGGGCCUCCCCCAGGCCCCCAGCUGAG